CUCCGUUGAAGCGACCAAACGCUAUCCGCUCUCCGCUAUCCUCUAUACAGAAUACAAAACGAUGAAAACUGCAAACAGAUCUCCCCAGUGGCUCUGGUGUCUGCUGCCUCUGGUGGUGUUGUGGGUCUGCACAGAGGCCAGAACGCGUCCCUGCAUCAAUGAUUCGAUUGUGUUUCCGAGUGACAACGACGAUUCCGGAGCCGCAAAGGUGCCUGCUUGGAUAGUGACAACAGCCAAACCUCCCACAGCCUCCACACCGACACCCAACGAUUCCACAGAGCAGACCACGGAUCGGUCCGAAGAUUCCCUCAAUGCCACUGCCACGACCAUUAUCCCCAUCAUAGUCAAUCGGAUUCUGGUGGAAACUCUGCCGCGUUGUAAAUCGGGCUUUGAGCUGCGGGCGAAUCGCUGUCGAAAGUCGGCCUAAAGCCGGUCACAACAAAGUCUCCAGGGUGUCGUCUUCCAUUGUGUAGUCUCUAAGACCGAUGUUAGUCAAUAAAGUGAUAUAUGAAUAGCAUUA